AUGUAUAAAUUAUCGACUCCUACUUCACCAACCUUAUCCGCAAGGACGGUAAAUUCCAUAGCUCAUUCGGCACGAACCACUGAGCCAAUCCCAGAACCAACAAUUAUACUUUCCCGCACUGACAUACGUGCUUCAUUUGAAGCUUAUGAACAACUAUUAAGUUCUGCAAAGAUAUACCGCAAUCAAAUGAUAGCGCUAGCACAAGCUGCUGCUGGUUUUGGUCAAUCAUUAGAAAGGUUAGCUCGUUGCAAAGGUGCAUUUGACGCUGGUCCCGCCUUACAAGCUGCAGCUGGUUUGCACUAUUUAAUGUCAAAUCAUCAACAACUCUUGAGUGAUGCAUUUUACAAAAAGUUUGAGAUUCCUUUGUUAGAAAAUCUUGAUGUUCAUAAAGCAACAGUUCUUGCAAGUGAGGAGUCUUAUGAUAAGUCAUUAUCGGAAAUGAGUAAACGUAUCAAAGAAACUGAAGCUGAGAAUUUACGUUGCGGUCGUAAACGUCAAAGAGACCUUUCCCAAUUUCGUAGGGCACUUCAAGAUUUGACUCGACAAGUAGAAGAUCUAGAUAGAUUAAAAACAGAUUAUUAUAGACAAACCUUGGAUACAGAGCAAAAUAACCUCAAUUUUAUUCUUUCCAAAGUUUCAACAGUUGUUAGGGCUGAAGUAGAUAUUUAUGAAAGAAUUUCCAAUAAGGGUGUUGCAGACCCAAUAUUAGAAGAUAUGACAACACAAGGACCUGAUCCUUUUUGUGCAUAUCAGAAUGCAAAUGAAUCUUCAGAGAUUUUCAGUGUUCUCCCUCCAAUUCAAAUUGCUAAUCCAAUCACUGAAUUCUCUAGUGCAACCGCAUCGUUAAUAACAGAUAUGUCUGUCGAGGACAAUUAUAGUAAAGGUGAUCGACAACCAUUAACAAAAAAGUUGGAUGAACAUAAUGAUUUAAACAAUGAUGACGAAAUACCUCAUGAUGAAUCUUUGCAUAAUGAGAACCCUCACGGUGAAGAUAAUGAUCAAUUUAAUAGUGAGUAUUCAUUACCACUUAAAUUUCAUCGUUCCAAUAAUGCAGCAACUUUUAGUCAAAUGCAACUUUUAGUUUGGUCAGACACUUCUUCAAUAGGUCGUCAUUUCAAUCCUUCUCUCAACUCCACUUUUCAUAUUUCAGAUGAUGCCGAAAUAUUACAUAAUAAAGAGUUUACAUAUGAAGCGGAAGACUUUGGGUCUGAUAAUAGUUUUGUAAACAAUUAUCCUAAACGUGAAAACAUGAAUAUUACUCAAAAUUUGGAAUUUUCACGAACAGAUGAUGAAUCCACAUUAUCAAAUACUAAUUCAGCAUAA